AUGACCUGGAGCCAUUAUGUCAGGCUUCCGUUUAUGAUCAGUUUGGCAUUACAGAUCAUCCAUUUGGGAAACAGUUAUCAAAGAGAGAAACACAAAGGUGAUAAAGAAGAAGUCAGCAAUAUUACAGCUCCAAACCUGCAGCAGACCACACUCAGCUGGACCCUGAGUGAUUUCAGGAAAGAGCAUGGAACGCAGGAGGGUUGGUGGCCUCAGGAUUCUCCUCCCAAUUUCAAGGCCUUGGAAGAGCGUGCGCCCGCGAGACCGCGCUGCUGUAGGAACGGCGGCACCUGCGUGCUAGGCAGCUUCUGCGUGUGCCCCGCCCACUUCACCGGCCGCUACUGCGAGCACGACCAGCGGCGCAGCGACUGCGGCGCCCUGGGUCACGGAGCCUGGACCUUGCACGGCUGCCGCCUCUGCCGGUGCGUCUUCGCUGCACUGCACUGCCUCCCUCGCCAGCUUGGCCGCUGUGAGCAUCUUCCUUUGCCAGGCAACAUCGAAAAGAGCAAACUAUAUCAAUCCAAGGAAGUCUCCUCAGGCAGCCCUACCAAGACCGUGGAGAGGGCCGCACCAGUGCAGUGGGAAGCCCUUCAGCUCCAUUUCCCUGCCCCUGCCUUCUCACUCUUGGUGGGUCCACUGGUGCAGGAGCACACAGAAUACUUCGCUCCUAACUCAACUUCCCACACCUUCUGUUCUGGGUAG